UUCCAAUAGGUUUAAACAGGCAGUGUGGGUUUACAACGAGGAAAGUGGAGACACGAUUACAAUGAAUUUGUGAACAAAACAAAGCUGAUCUUGUAGAGACAUGAGACUCGCUGCAUACGCGUUUUACGGCUUUGCUCUUGGGCUUUUGCUCGUGGGUUUGCGGGAAUUAUUGUUUGGUUUCGGGGAGAACCGAUGCAGCAUGACAUACAUGUUCGAGUACCCAGAAUACCGCCGCGUUCAGCUUCCGAGACGUGUCGCCCGCCAGUACCCAUCAUACGGGCUCUAUCUGUAUGGAGAGGGUGCAUACGCUCAGGAGACCAGGGGACUCAAGCUCACCGGGGCUCCUGUGCUCUUCUUGCCUGGGAAUGCGGGCAGCUACAAGCAAGCUCGUUCUCUGGGUUCAGUGGCGUUGAGGAAGGCUGAGAACCUGGAGAGGCGAAUCCAUAUGAAUGUGUUCACCAUUGACUUCAACGAGGAGUUGGUGGCCCUGUAUGGGGGCAGUUUGCGCAGACAGACUCAAUUUCUACACGAAAGCAUCAAAGCCAUCUUGCGCCUUUACAAGGAUCGUCCAGAUCCUCCCACAGGUGUGGUUCUGGUGGGUCACUCUAUGGGUGGAGUGGUGGCAAGAGCAUUGUUCACCCUGGCACGUUUCAACCCACGCCUGGUCAGCCUCAUCAUCACCCAGGCUUCACCCCACCAAGCACCUGUCCUGUCUCUGGACCCUUAUAUAUUGGAGUUUUACUCUACAGUCAGGCAUCGCUGGGCCACAAGGGCUGAAGACCUUCGAAAUGUAACCGUUCUCUCUGUGGGUGGUGGUUACCUUGACUUCCAGGUGCGCUCUGGUUUGACAGCACUAUCCUGUCCCAUCGAUGACCUCAAUAAGAUGUCCGUAGUGGCGACUGCAGUUCCUCAAGCCUGGCUUUCCCCAGAUCAUAUUUCCAUCGUUUGGUGCAAGGAGCUGGUUCUGGCCACAGUCCGGGCGUUCUUUGACCUUAUUGAACCUGAAACAGGGCAGUUCACAGAGAGUCCUGAGAGGCGAAUGUCGGUGCUCAACUAUCACUUCUUUAGAAACCCAGUACUGCAGGCUGAAGAGGCACAGGAUGCCCCUGUCACUUUCUCAGCUCCUCCUGAGGCGUGGAAGGAGGUCAACACACUCCGUCUGUUCUACAGUGCCCCCAAGGAAGCUCAGGUCAAAUACUUCCUGUUUGCUCUCUCCAGUCGAAGGAAGGCCUACAGUCAUUUCCAUUGCCGCAGUAAUAAUAUGGAAAUGACCAGCUGGCUGUAUGGCUGCACGCAGAUGAGUGGCUCAAUGUGUGUUCAGGCAGUAGAUCUCUCAGCUCAGACUGAGCUUCUUCCAGCCUAUAAGGCUGUUACAGUGAAAAUCAGUGAACUUUUGUCUAUGUCUCAUCUCAUUAUUGAUGCCUCGAACCCCAGUGGAGCACAGUUUGUAGUGGAGUGUGAGCUGCAGAGAGAGGAGAGCUUGACUGUCUCAGUGCAGGUGCCUCAUGUGUUGUCCUUUGGUCUGACUGCCAGUGACAUCAGCAUUAACUCCUCUGGGCUGCUUCAUACAUUACAGCUACAAGACUUUCAUCAGGUUUAUCAAGCUUUCAGAAUAACUAUCACGAGUCACUGCAAAACCACUAAAGAAAGACUGCCUAGUGUGUACAGAGUGAAGGUACCUUGGUUUCAUGAAGACUCCUUUGUAAUGGCAAGUAUUCCUUCGGUUUCUGAAAUCAACAGCAUGCUUCACACCAGCCGCCCAGACAACACCUCCAGUGCCCUCCUGCAGAUUCACACUGCCCCCAACUGCCAAUACAAGGUGUCCAUUCGGACUUCGUUUCCCAAAGUGCUUGGCCAGAUUCUGCGUUUUUGUGGUCCGGUUCUGCCUGUAUACACGGCCGUUGUGCUUCUUCUGAUGAUCAGGGCUCAGCUGAGCUCCAUCAAAAGAUCUGGACAUCCUGUUGAAAUACAUGAGGGCAUGAGUAAAUUUUUACAGCUUCACAAACUGGAACUGCCUGUCCUCCUCCUGCUGCUGCUGCUUAGGCAGAGCUGGUUUCAGGAUGUCUGGUCCUCUCUGGGUCUCCCUGCAGUGGAUGCUCUUCCUCUAAACUCUGUGGAGGACCUAUCGCAGGAUCCAAAGACCUCUAUGCAGGAAUGGCCCCGUCUAGUGUCCCCACUGCUCUGUGUGAUUGGUGCAUCCAUUGCAUUCUGGGGUAGCACAGUCCUCAGAGUGUUUGUCUACUUCCUGUCCUUUUUUCUCACUCCACUGCACAGACCUUCAGUGUCUCGGGAUUGCGGCACGAUUCGUCUUCAUUCUCAGAUUCUCCUGAUUAUCUUUUUAAGUGUGUUGGGAGGUGUCACAUGUGGAUCACUGGCUCUUUUGGUCUCCUCUCUUCUCCACCUCUAUAGAGUGCUUAGAUUACAGAUGACAGAGAGAUCUCUAAGCCACAUGUUGAACCUGGCACCCCAGAAGGUUUCACAAAAAUCAGAAAAUGGUUUUCUUGCCAGUGAUUGUCAGGUUAAAGAAUGUAACGGCAGCCCUUUACUGUCAGAAUCAGUGCUACAAGACGUCAGAGAUGAUCUGCAGCUCCACUUUAGUCUGUCCACACUGUUUACUCUUACCAUGAUGCUCAGCAUCCCUUCCCUUAUCCACUGGAAGCAUAAUCUCAGAUAUUGGGUUCAUCUGGAUCCUGACCCCUGCUGGCCUCAUGUUGUACCCCUGCUCAUCAGCUCUGUACUUCUCAUCAACUGUAACACAAACACACUCCUACGCAGCAAACUGAUGCUGAAUAUGACGCUUCACCUACUGUUGCCGCUGUGUGUGGGAAUGCUGGCUUUUUGUCCGCUGCACAUUUACAGAGUCACUUAUUUCCUGUCUGCAGCUCUGACUCUCUUGGUCUGUUCUUGUUACUUUUGACCUUCCUGCAAACUUUAAACGUGAGUCUGCACUGAGAUUACAAGAAGACCUGGGCUUUGUAUAAAUUCAGACCAGAUUAGACCAAAACAGCCUUAGAACCCUGUGUGUAUUCAGUGGGAUCACAUUGACUAGUGACAUCAGUGGACCAGCACAUCCAGAGUCAUAUGACUUGUCGUCGUUGUUUGUAGCUUCUGUACAGGGUAUUGUACUCGGUAAUGGUGGUAUGUCUGUAUUCAUGAGCAAUACCUCUUGUUUGUGAGGUUAGUUUCCCAGACACGCAUUAAGCCUCGGCCUGAGCUAAAGUCCAAGACUGUAUUUAAUCAGUGUCUGAGAAACUAGCCUGUACUGGUGUGUGUGUGUUGGGGGUGUGGGAGUAUGUAUGUCUGAUUUAGUAAUUAUAAAGGUCAACAUGAAAUCAUAAUGGAUAGGGAUACAUAAAAUUUCGAUAUCAUUUUGGUUUUCAGUGGAUAUUAGAAUAUUUAUUUUAUUAUUUAUUAAUUUAUCUUUAUACAGUUUUUCUUCUUUUCAUACUGUAUAAUUUUGGGAUGGCUAGAUUUUCUUAAAAUGGUUGUUUUUUGUUUUCAGUGAUUUAUUUUUAAUUUAUUUAUAUCAAAUGGGAUAUAACAUAAUUAUCUUUUAUCUGUAGCAGCCAGAAUUUUAAAAUCAAUUGACCCUGUUUACUUCCUGAUCUUAUGCAUGACUCAUCAGUGCAUGCAAUUUCAAAGAAUCUUUAAAUAUAAAUAAUUAAAAAAUGGAGCAGAGAACACUACCUACAUUUGCUCCAACCUAAAUAAAUGUAAAUUAUUUUAAUUUACGUAUUGGUUCAGAUCAUUUGCACUGUGGAUAGUGAAAUACAGGGCUUUUCUUUUUUUAUUUGACUCUGAGAAGCAUUUGCCUCGGUUCUGAUCCACAGUAUCAACAUUUUUUUUUAAUCGCAUUACAGUAGUGCUGGGCGGUUUGACCAAAAAUAUGUAUCACGUGUUGUUGUUUUUUUAAGAACUCUGGCGGUUUAUCACGGUUUUUCCCUGACUGUGCCUUUACAUGAAUCAGAUUGCAUGAAACUAGUCUCUGACUAAUGUAAACAACCAUUGGCAUUUGGUUUAUUUGCCCAGUUAAAUAAUUAGUUGUGUGUUAUUAAUAAUUCUCUAACCAUUAUUUAGAAGUGCUUGCAGUUAACAGGGAUCUCCUCUCAAUUCACGACGCUGUUUAUGUUGUACUGGUAUGCUGAUUUUUAUAAAAAUUGCUAUGGUGUGCGUAAUUCAAACCGCUUUACCCUUUGAUACGGUAUAUCGCCCAGCACUACAUUACAGCAUUAUUUAACAGUUUUGUAGUUUAACAAGAACAGCUGCAGAAAAAAUGCCUUUGUAAUUCAUUGUAAUUCACGUUGCAUUUUCAUGUUGACUUUUAAGGGUGUGAAAGCAGCUUUAGGUGUUUGUUCAGCUUUUUUGCAAUUCACAUGUCUAUAUGUGAGCGUGACUGGAUUUCUUUGCCUGUUCUAUCUUCGAUCUGUCAUUUCUGCCUUAAACCAUUUCGCUUUGAAUGCACAUGUAAUGCCUGUAGGUGCUGAAGUACCUCCGUGUUAGACAGAUCACAUUUUAUUAACACUCUUUUGCAUUAGCUAGAGCUGUAAGGAACAUCUGAGUAGCGUAACAUUCCAUCUGGAAGUGUUAUCUUGAGUUUGCAAUCGCAAAACUGGACUGACAAGCAAUAUGAUGAUUUUUAUAUCAAUGUGCACAAUUUGUGGUGUUAAAAACGCAUCACAGAUACAUGGUUAUGGUUAUAGCGCAACCUUAUAACCAGAGUCGAAUUAUUAGAUGAAUUAACACUGCCACAGUCACAGUAGCCAUGAGAUUGUUGCUGUCUGCACAGCUUUUCUUUUUUUUUGUACUGUAAUGUUUGAUGAAUGCUGUUGAUGGUCCAUCUGUGUUCUUCACACAUUGCUCAGCAGCAUUUAUAUGAUCCGUCAUCAUUUGAUCUGCUCAUGACGGCUGAUAGUCUGAUUCAGGAUCGCUUGCCUGAGAGCUGAAAUUAUACUUUGUCAUCCUGAAUCAAAUGAGAGAACUGUGCCUUUCUUGCUUCUCUGAUACCCAUUCGCAAUUUAACCUUCACGUCAUUGAGGACGGAUGUUUGUCAGUCCAUCCAAGUAGUCUGAUAUUUAAAUCAGAUGUCCUCCUUUCACAGGAUGUACUUGACCAAAAACACUCAUACGGCACAAAAUUGUGUCUUCUGCACUGUGAAUGUACCUGAAUGUGUGUGUGUUAAAUCAUUUUGCAGUGAGCUUUGGUGUUUGUUGUUUUUUUUUUAAUGCUACGUUGCAAUCUUGCUCUGCCUCAUGCUGAAUCUGAGCUGUUUUUGUGGUGAAAGUGUGAAAGGCUGCCUUUUUUCUAUCAAUAUGAUUGUUUUCAUUGGUUUCAUUGGUGUUCACUGUGAUGUGCCACAAUAUUUGGAGGCCAGGAUCUGAUUUUAUGUUUCGAAGCAAGAACUGCUAAUUCAGGGCCGGAUCUGUCCUGAUCAUGUAACAAUGAAGCCAAACGGAUCCAACAACUCUUUAACACUGCAGCAAUGACAGCAAUGUUUGUAUUGAUGCUAGUGAGGCUUCUGCUGUGAUACAUGUAUUGAAGAAUUUGCUUAUUUUGUUUAGUAGAGACUGUUGUUAUGUGGUUAAUAGCUCUGCUGUAGCAGUUAAAUAUUAAUAGUAAGGACCCUAGAGGAAUGAGGUUUUAUAAAUACACUGCCAUUCAAAAGUUUGGGGUCAGUAAGAGAUAGAUAUAUUGGCACUCUUGGUAAAUAUGAGCGAAGGUGGCUGUGAAAAUAAAUCUGCAUUGUUUAUCCUUUUGGUCUUUCAUUCAAAAUAUUUAUGAAAUUCUAACCUUUCAUUGAAGGAAAACAGUUGAAAGUUUGGGGAGAAUCUCAUUAUUAAAAAUGCUUUUCUCUAGUUCACGCUGGCCACAAAUAUUGGCACCCAGUUAUUGCAAUGUCCUUUUCUCAAGAUAACAGCUUUGAGUUUUCUCCUGUUAUGCCUGAUGAGUUUGGAGAACACCUGACAAGGAUCAGAGACCGAUCCUUCAAAUUUCCAGCUUUAUGUUGGUGUGUCUUCUCCUCAGUUCACCCCACUCAUUUUCUAUAGGGUUCAGGUCAGGAAACUGGGACAGCCAUGGCAGAAUCAUUUUGUGACACAUUUUUGUGUUGAUUUUGAUGUUUGUUUUAGAUUUUGUCUUGAUGGAAGAUCCAAAAAUGGUUCAUUAUAAGAUUUUUUACAGAGGCAGUCAAGUUUAGAUUUUUUCUAUUGAUAUUUGAUAGAAUCCAUGAUGCCAUGUCUCUGAACAAGAUGUCCAGGGCCUCUGGCAGAAAAAUAGGCCCACAAUAGUAAAGAUCCAGCAAUCUAUUUAACUGUGGGCAUGGGGUACUUUUUAUCCCUGUUUGCACCAAACCCAUCUGGUGGGUUUGCUGCCAAAAAGCUCUUAUUUAUGUUUCAUCCGACUAUAGUAGCCAGUCCCAUUUGAAGUUCCAGUCACGUCUGACAACUGAAUAUGCUGGAGUUUGUUUUUGGAUGAGGGAGGAGGAUUUUUUCAUCAAACCCUCCUGAACAACAUGUGGUGAUGUAGGGGCAGUUUUUUUUUUUUUUUUUUUUUUUUUCUCCUGACCCUAAGACUUAACUCAUCUCUGUGAUUCUCUAGCUGCAAUCUUUGGAAAGUCUUUGGCCACUCAAACUCUCCUCCUAAGCAUGCGUUAGGACAAUAUAGACACACAUCCUCUUCCAGGCAUAUUUGUAACAUCUUUAGUUAAUAUGGAACGCCCUGAUGGUAGAAAUGGGGAUUUUCAAUGCUUUAGCUUUUUUCCUACAGCCACUUUCUAUUUUGUAAAGCUCAAUAAUAUUGUUCUCCACAAUGGAACUAUAUUGUUUGGUUUUACUCCUUGUGAUGGACAAUAGACAAAGGGAGUUUGGCUUUUGUGUUCCUCAUAUUUAUAGUCCUGUUGAACAGGAAGACAAAGCUGGAGAAUUUCAUGCUCCUAUAGUCACACUGGUAUGCUAAAAUGUAAAUAUGAAUGGGAAUAUACUUCAGAGAUAUUUUACUCGUAAGAAUUUCUAGGGGUGCCAAUAAUUGUGACCACUAUGUAUUGUAGAAAAACAUUUAUUCCAUAAUGUGAGUUUUCCCCCACUUUUAAUUGUUUCACUUCAAAGAAAGGAUAGAAUUUUGUGAAUUAUUUUUGAAUGAAAGAUCAAAAAGAUAAACAGUGCAGAUUUAUUUUCACAGCCGCCUUUGCUUAUAUUUACCAAGGGUAUUUGUGGAGGACACUGCAUAUACAGGUUUUGUUUGUUUGUUUGUUUGUUUUAAGAAAUUUGUACAAAUAUGUUUAGCAAGGGUGCAUCAAAAUUGAUCAAAAUUAAAUUUUAAAUAAAUACUGUUGUUUUGAACGUCA